AUUUUUAUUUUUAUUUAAUUAAAUAUUCCAGGACACUUACCGACCCUCCCAUUCAGAGUGAGCAGCGGCGCCAUGUUUUGAAAGGGAAUCUCCAGAAGGUUUGUUGGUCUCGUUCUCUCUAUGGCUACACGGUUGUUGUGGGCUUCGAAGGCUGCUUCUUACCUAAGGAUCUCAGUUUUCCACAGAGGGCUUUCUUCUGUCGUAAAGGAUCUUAAGUAUGCUGACACUCAUGAGUGGGUGAAAGUUGAAGGUAAUUCUGCUACUGUUGGUAUAACUAAUCAUGCUCAAGACCACUUAGGUGAUGUUGUGUAUGUUGAAUUACCGGAAGUGGGUGCUGCUGUAAAACAGGGCGAUAGUUUUGGCGCAGUUGAAAGUGUUAAGGCUACUAGCGAUAUCAAUUCUCCUGUUUCAGGGAAAGUUGUUGAAGUCAAUGAAGAGUUGAACAACUCCCCUGCCUUGGUAAACUUAAGCCCAUAUGAGAAGGGAUGGAUUAUAAAGGUCGAUAUUAGUGAUGUUGGUGAGCUCAAGAACUUGAAGGACUCAGAUGAGUACACGAAGUUGUGUGAAGAAGAAGAUGCAACACAUUGAGUGGACCUUGUCAUAGUCGAAAUUGUGGGUUGCUUCCUCUGUUUGCUCAACUUAAUAAUGCACUUUUGUCCUGAUUCAGUUGUGGUUUUCUCAUGUCUCUUUGUUACUAAUAAUAAAAUUGGUAACUAGUGUUAAUGUCUA